ACUUCUUCAGCCAACUUUAUAUAGCCUUUUACUAUUCAGUUUGAUGGUUCCUGUAUUUAUUGUGGUUUCUAUGAUAGUGUUGGGUGCCAGCACCAUGAUUGCAGUGGUUACUAAUACACUUAUCAUUGUGGUGAACCUCAGAGACAAAGUUAAGGGCAAGAAUUUAAGCCCAUCUGACCUCAUUGUGGUCACUCUCUGCAUAACCAACAUUUUUUUUCAGUUAGUCAUGUUGAUAAAUGAUUACAUGAGUUUCAUAGAUGGUGGCAUUUUCUUCACUGAUGAAGUCUACAUUUUAUCUACAAUCUUACUCAUGCUUCCAAUGUACUCCAGCUUCUGGUUCACAGUUUGCCUCUCCAUCAAUUACUACUUACAGAUUGUAAUAUCAACUAAUAAAUGUUUAAUCCGACUAAAGCUUGCAGCCUCACAGCUGAUGACAUAUCUUAUAAUAGCUUCAAUUUUGAUAACAUUGACUACUGGACUCCCUGCAGCCUGGAACUUCCAUCGAGCACCACAAAGUUUUAACAUAUCAAGUGAUGAGAAUGAGGAAAUCAUUGUUCCUAGACUGAGUAUUGAAUACUUACUAUCCAGCACCUUUGUCAAUUGUACUGUGCCAUUGAUCUUAGUUGGCAUUACCAAUGGUCUCAUCAUUAAGUGUCUUGUGAAUCAUAGAUCAGACAGAAAUUCAAAGGGAGAGUUGAGUGCUCGGGCAGAAGGUCGGAUCCGAGCUGCCAGAACAAUAAGCUGUCUUCUCUUCAUAUACAUAUCCUUCUACCUAUCAGAAAUACUGGUAUUUGUGGAUGUUUUUCCCCAGAGCAGCCCAGGAUUCUGCACAUGUUUGAUGGUUAUGUAUAGUUACUCACCCGCACAGUCAAUUGUCUUAAUUUUUGGGAGCCCAAAACUAAAACAAGUGUCUCUUAGUUUUUUCCGCUGUAAUAGAGAAAAAGCAAGGAUUCCAACUGUCUUAUAUAUCAGUCCAUAGUGCAUUGGCUACAGCUGACCAUACACAGCGAUCUGACAUUUCAGGAACAAACCUUCAGAUUCUCAGGAAAGCUUCGAUGUCAUGUAUGAUGAUCAGUCAUUUAAUACUGAAUGUGGCACCAGUUGUAUCAGCAGAUAUUAAA